CAAGGCGCCGUGGUCGUCCGCGCGGCCGCGGCGACGGACGCGGAGACUGGGAUCAAGAAGAUGCGCGAGGGUAUCAAGGAGGCGGCGAACGAAAACUUGUUGACGCCGCGAUUUUACACGACGGAUUUCGACGAGAUGGAGCGCCUGUUCAGCACGGAGAUCAACCCGAACUUGGACGAGACGGAGAUUAACGCCAUCUUGAACGAGUUCCGCGAGGAUUUCAACCAGAAGCACUUCGUGCGCAACGAUGAGUUCAAGGCGGCGGCGGAUCAGAUCAAGGGUGAGCCGCGCAGAAUUUUCAUCGAGUUUUUGGAGCGCUCGUGCACGGCGGAGUUUAGCGGGUUUUUGUUGUACAAGGAACUCGGCCGCAGAUUGAAGAAGACGGCCCCGGCGGUGGCGGAGAUCUUCACGUUGAUGUCCCGCGACGAGGCGCGUCACGCUGGGUUCUUGAACAAGGCGAUGAGCGAUUUCAACUUGGCGCUCGACCUCGGGUUUUUGACCAAGAACCGCCAAUACACGUUUUUCCAGCCGAAGUUCAUCAUGUACGCCACGUACUUGAGCGAAAAGAUUGGCUACUGGCGUUACAUCUCCAUCUACCGCCACUUGCAAGCGAAUCCGGACGAGCAAUUGUACCCGUUGUUCAAGUACUUUGAGAACUGGUGCCAAGACGAAAACCGUCACGGCGACUUCUUCUCGGCGAUUUUGAAGGCGCGCCCGGAGUUGAUCAACACCACCGAAGCGAAGCUCUGGUCUCGAUUCUUCUGCUUGUCCGUGUACGUCACCAUGUACUUGAACGAUCACGGCCGCAGUGAGUUCUACGAAUCGCUCGGUUUGGACACGACGCAAUUCAACAUGCACGUCAUUCACCAAACCAACAAGACGACGGCGACGAUUUUCCCGCAAGUCAUCGACACCUACAACCCGGAGUUCAAGGCGCGUCUCGACAAGCUCGUCGGCGUGAACACCCAACUCCAAGCCAUCGGUAAGGGUGAAGGUUCGGAAAUCAUGAAGAACUUGCAAAAGGCGCCGCUCAUCGCCACCUUCGCGGGUGAGUUGAUCGGUUUGUUGGCCAUGGCUCCGGUCGACGCCGGUUCCAUCGACUUGACCGGCGUUCCGGAAUCCGACCCGUCCUUCAUGUACUAAGCGACAGUCACAGACGGCGACGAGGAGGACACACCAGCAACCAUUUUAGCGCAACACACAUCCACAAAAACGUGAUUUUAUCGUCACAUCUUUUCAAGAUUCUUAAAGUCUUCGGCGCCGUUCGCGCCGCCGGCGAACGAUAUCGCGAAACGAGCCAACACGCUUGGUAUUUCCACUUUAUUGUAUUGGCGCGUAGUCUCGCUUUAUAAUAUUACACAAGAUUCGAAAUGUUUA